CCAUACUCUAAUCCUUCCAAUCAAACAUGCCCUAACAGUUUAUAACUUAUAACUGUGAACGUAAAUUGAUUUUUGACUUAUAAAUUAAACUUCUCUACCCCCAAGUUAAUUUUUGGCAUACAAAAAGGUAUAAGCUGUAUUAUUAAGCUGAACCAAACACAUUAAAAUAGCUUAAAUUAAGCUAAAAGCUGAAAUAAGUUGAAAAUAAACCUUACCAAUCAGGGCCUUUGUCUCUAUGUAGUUUAUUUUACAUCUAAAUUCUAAUGCUUGUUCAGCUGCUGAUGUGUUUUUGUACUACAAGUUGUAAGCAUCUCUGUCCGGCAAAGUAAUUUCAUGUAUGAAUAAUACACAGCUUGUGUUUGUUUAUUAUUUUUAAGAUUUUAAGAUGUUUGAAGGAUCGUCUCACUUGGAAUUAAGAGUCCUCUCUAAUUGGACGGAAGACGGCAUAUGUGCCUUUCUUCUUUCACCAAAAUUAACAUUUCUUGACUUCCAGCCUUUGUUUUGUUGAGUUGGCUGCGUUGCCGGAUUCUUUUUCUUCUCGGCUUUGAAUCCUCCUAUUGUUGUUAUGUUGAUCUUUCCUUGUCCAAAACAGAUUAAUUGGCUAUUAGUUUUGUUGUCCAAUUUCACUUCUGUUUUUCAUUGCCUGAGAACCAUUGACUUGCGGCUGUUACAAUUCAACUUCAUUUAAAUGUAACCUUGAGCUCAUCUCGGUGCUUUCCUUUGUCUUAAAUGAUAACCUUUGUGUUUUUCUCUUGCCUCGUGCUUUAUACCUUCAAAUUAUUUCUUCUUGCACUAGUACCAAUAAUCUUUGAGGAAGCUACCUUCACUGUCAAUCUUUUCUCCGAUUCUUAACUUUGAAUUCUUUUUUUUUUCAUGCACUUAAUUAAUUAGUGAUUUGUAUGAAAGUAGCUUCCUAUGCUUUUGUUUGUGUUUCCUUUUGUAGUUGAACUUAAUACCCUACGUUGUAACUUGUAAGAUAGAUGCUAGUACUGCCUCUGCUACAUCUUCUUCCUUAUAACUAUGAGCAAUUUAAAUUAAUCCAUGUGCUUUCUCUAGUAAUCCCCUUAAAAGUUAUAAACACAGCUGCACACAAAUUGUACCGUCUCUAAAGGAAAACAACAAUCCAUUCCAGUGGGCAUAGAUUAUUUGCCACAGGAAACAGUAGGUUUAUUCAUGUGAGAGACGGAUGCCACUAUCAAUGUCAGUCUGUGACUUCCUUAUCUCAAUGCUGCAGUUAUGAUCUACAUUUAAAAGGGUGAAAUUUUGGAAAGACCAAUUUAUAAACCAUGGAAGGCUUGCUUUUGGAGAGCAUUCUAUCGCAUUUUGCAGUUGGAUUAGUUCUUAUCUCAUGUUUUUCCGUCUCCUUUAUCAUUUCUGAUCAAGUGUUUGCACUUCCCGCAAAGGAUCUUUAGAUUGUGUGGAAGAAAAUUUAAGAUAUUGCUAUUGAAUUGCUGACGUACAGUAGUCAAUUAAUAUUAUUCCCAAACAAAUGAACAAUAUAGCAUAUUUAGCCAAGGGUUUGUUUGGGAUCUGGGUUAGCUUUUUGGCUUUUUGGCUAAAAGGCCUCGUUUGGAAUAGGCUUUUUGGCUUUUUUGACUUUUGUGAGAGAAAAAAAUGAAAUGACUAUGGUUUAGAUGUGACAUUUUGUCUUAUUGGGUUAAAAAACUUAUUCUGUCUUUUUGUAGUUAUUUUAGCCAAAAGCCUCCGUUUGGCUUAUGCCAAAUGAGGGCUUAUGGUACCUUAUUGUUUCAUACAGUACUUUUGCAUCUCAAAAUGGUUCAUUAUCAGGUCAAUUUAUUUUGUUUUAUAUUGUGUGCCUAUAUUCAUUUAUUGGGCAGCAGUAAUCUCUUAAAAAACUGAAGCCACAUCACUUUUAUUUGCUGUUACCUGGCUUGAAUGUUUCCCUUUGUUGCUCUCCGAGUUCACUCCUAUAGUGCUGGUGUUCUACUCUAAGUGCCAUGAAUGUGUCACUUUCUAUCUCUUAUUCUCAGACUUUCAUGUUGCUAUACAAAACAGAUGACUAUACAUCCCGCAAAAGUUUUGAUGCUUGUGUCUUAGAUUCUGGAGAAGCAUUGAUAUGUUUGCUUCUCUUGCCAAAAGAGAAGGGUUGUAUGAAGUAUAGAGAAGAAAAGAUGGAAGAUCAGACUCAUCAACACGGCCAGAUUAUUGAGAUAAGUGGUGAAGUUCCUGUUGGAGAGACAAGCCUCGGAGGGAGCAAGAUAUGUGGGGAAGCGGCUUGUGGAUUCUCAGAUGCUGUAACCAUCUCCAAGGAUGCCAAAGAGCGAUCAGCUUCAAUGCGGAAGCUUUUUAUAGCAGUUGCACUUUGUGUUGUCUUCAUGAGCAUCGAAAUAGUUGGUGGCAUCAAAGCCAAUAGUCUGGCAAUUUUAACUGAUGCAGCACAUCUACUCUCAGAUGUUGCAGCUUUUGCUAUUUCACUGUUUUCUUUGUGGGCAGCAGGUUGGGAAGCCACUCCCCGUCAGUCUUAUGGAUUCUUUAGGGUAGAGAUUCUGGGCACUCUGGUUUCCAUCCAGCUCAUAUGGCUUCUUGCGGGGAUUUUAGUUUAUGAAGCCAUUACAAGACUUAUUCAUGAGACAGGUACUGUCAAUGGCUUCCUCAUGUUUAUUGUUGCUGCUUUUGGUCUGGUGGUAAAUAUUAUCAUGGCUGUCAUGUUGGGUCAUGACCAUAGUCAUGGUGGCCAUGAUCAUGGUCACAGCCACAGCCAUAAUGAUCAUGUUCAUGAUCGCAGCCAUGGAUUGAAGAUUACGCAUCACUGUAGUCGUGAGGAGCAUCACUGUAGUCAUGAGGAGCACGAAGAGUACAGCCAUACUGGGGAGGAAGCUAUUGUGGUACCACUUCUCAAGAAAUCUUCCCAAGACAAAAGCAAACCAAAAAGUGAACAUGAACAAAAGAAGCGACGGAACAUUAAUGUGCAGGGAGCUUAUCUCCACGUACUCGGGGAUUCCAUCCAGAGCGUUGGAGUGAUGAUUGGAGGGGCAGUCAUAUGGUAUAAACCGGAGUGGAAGAUAAUUGAUCUGAUUUGCACCCUUAUAUUUUCUGUGAUUGUUUUGGGGACGACUAUCAAAAUGCUACGCAACAUACUUGAAGUCUUGAUGGAAAGCACACCUAGAGAGGUUGAUGCGACAAAGCUUGGGAAGGGGCUAUGUGAGAUAGAUGAAGUUAUGGCCAUCCAUGAGCUGCAUAUCUGGGCCAUUACAGUAGGCAAGGUUCUGUUAGCUUGCCAUGUCAAAAUAAGGCCUGAAGCUGACGCAGACUUGGUGCUAAAGAAAGUGAUUGACUAUAUCAGGAGGGAGCAUAAUAUCAGUCAUGUAACCAUACAGAUAGAGCAUUAGUACUCUUAGUAGUGAAAGAGAUGACUUGUAUGAGCAUCUGGGCAGCUUGUUUGUUUGACUUUAUUUUGUCCAUUUUUUAAAAAAAUUCUCUUUAAGAUGGAUAUUUUAGAUUAUUGGGGCUGGCUUGUCAUGUACAAUUUUUAGCAUUGGAUGGAUAUUUUAGAUUUUGAGCAUCAAAGUUGAUUUGAGAAGCAGUUCAUAGCC